CCUCUGUCAAUUACCCUCACGAGAUGUGACUUAUGAAAAUGAAAUCCUUAAUCCUCUAGACCUAACACAUUCUGUCUCUUCUUCUCUUUCCUCUUCACACAUUUCUCUUUGUUUCCAAUCUGCCUCUCUGCACGGGGGCGCCUUCAGGCCUCGAAUCAUUGCGGCUUAGGACCCCUCUCCGCUCAGUCUCGACCUCCUCGGUUUUCAACGCGGGCGCGUGUUCUCUAAAUCCUUCGAAUCCAUUAUGAGCGAUCUAGACGAAGCGAUCGCGCUCCUGCGAUCUUGCCGUCUCAUCCCCGAAGCCCAAGUCCGUGAACUCUGUUAUAAGGCGCGCGAGCUGCUUAUAGAAGAAGCAAAUGUGGUCUUGGUAGAUGCGCCAGUCACGAUUUGCGGAGAUAUCCAUGGCCAGUUCCAUGACUUGAUGGAACUCUUUCGCGUGGGCGGAGACGUCCCCGAUACCAACUAUCUGUUCAUGGGCGAUUUCGUCGAUCGCGGGUUCUACUCACUGGAAACUUUUCUACUUCUUCUCUGUCUCAAGGUUCGCUACCCAGAUCGCAUCACGUUGAUUCGGGGAAAUCAUGAAUCGCGCCAAAUCACGACCGUCUACGGCUUCUACGACGAAUGCAUCCGCAAGUACGGCAGUGCCAACGUCUGGCGAUAUUGCUGUGAGGUAUUUGACUACCUAGCCCUGGGAGCUCUGGUACUCGGGGCGAGCUCAGAGCUGGAGCCGACCGGAUCGGGUCUGAAUAACGCGGCUCAGGCUACCCUGCCCCCGGAUGAUGGAGUACUAGAGACGGAAGUCCUGAAUUCGAAAGGCGAAGUCACCAUGAGCUCUUACAGACGGAGACAGAGAUCAUUAUCAGACGCGUCGACGGAUUCCAGGAAUAUUUCCCCCCCAAGAGAUAUCUCUGCCACGCGGGGCCAGGCACCGACCAGGUCUGGUAUGCCAGGCACAGGGGCCACGAGCGACGCGACAGGGAGCAUAGGGAGCCGAACAGGAGCCAUUCUUUGUGUACACGGUGGGCUUUCACCGGUCAUCGAUACCGUCGACAGAAUCCGCCUGAUCGACCGAAAACAGGAAGUUCCCCACGAAGGCGCCAUGUGUGACUUACUCUGGUCGGACCCAGACGACAUCGAAGGCUGGGGGUUGAGUCCUCGCGGAGCUGGAUUCUUAUUCGGCGGUGACAUUGUGAAACGUUUCAAUUACAUGAAUGACCUAUCUCUCGUAGCUCGAGCCCAUCAGCUCGUCAUGGAAGGCUACAAGGAGAUGUUCGACGGCGGGAUCGUCACUGUCUGGUCUGCCCCCAAUUACUGCUAUCGAUGCGGAAACGUCGCUGCGAUUCUGGAAUUGGGCGAGGACACCAGUGGUGGGGGGACCAUCGCCCGAAGUAACGGUGACCAGGGACGAAGUAAUGGCGUGUCCGGAGAUGUUGAGACACACGUCCUCAGCCCUGGGAGGCGAUACAGAGUGUUCGAGGCUGCUGCUCAAGAUACACGUGGUAUGCCUGCGAAGAAACCAGUUGCUGACUAUUUUCUGUGAUACCAAUGCCAACUGUAUGUCUUCAUUCAUAUCCAUAAUUCAUACAAUGAAAGGGUGGAUUAUACAGCCCAAUGAAUUUGAUUACGACUAUCGAUAAUAAUCAGCCCCGACUCAUUAAAGUAUAGUAGUCAGUGUCAAAUACU